AUGGUUGGUUCCUUGGUUCUACAGAACAGAGGACUUAACUCGCCACCUAGGGUUGGUGAAGGCCUAGAUGCUAGUGCAAGAGGAGGAGGUGGUGGAAUUGGUGGCGGAGUUGGUGCUAGAUUUUGUGAUGGUGCUAGUGGUGGAGUUAGAUGUGGAUUAAGAAGAGGUUUCAAUGGUGGCUUAGGAGUUGGUACUAGUGCUAGUGGUGGGCUUAGAGGUAGAGGAGGUCGUGAGUUUGGUAUUGGAUUUAGUGAUAGUGGUCGAUUAGGAGGAGUGUUGGUGAGGAAGGUGGAUUUGGAUGUGGAGAAAUAA